AUGCCGUACGUUGUAGUGAACAAAAAGAACGUAAAACAAAGCAAGCCGGAUGUGAUUGUUGCGGCCUCCAAUUGGAUUAAAAGCACGGCUAACGGAAAAGGUUUCGUUUACCUACCGAAAGCAAAAUGUGAAAAGGUGAAGGAGCUUUUAGAAAACGACACACCUCCGUUGAAAGAUUGGGAAAAGCACGAGUGUGAGAUACUGGUUAGGAACAUUCCCACCCUAAACUCGGCAUACAAAGCACUCAAUGUGGCGCGUCAACGUGGCUUGGUACUGGGAGAAGACAACCUGGUGUCUCACUAUGGUAUAGCCGUGGCAACCAAACGUCUUAAAAUAGAUUCGGCCGGAAAUGCGCACACCAAAGAAAUUCCGGUGACCAUUUACGAGAGCUUGGCUGAUGAUGACGGGCAGGAAGCGUUCGUGUUUUCCGAUGCGGAAAAUGUAAAGGUGGAUCCGUUUGGGGAUGUGGUUGCAACCUUAGAAAAACCAAUGCCGGUCUUAUCGAGUGCUCUGCCUAUUAAGCCCAGCUUGCCUGCUAUCGUUGUGGAGCAUACGAAGGCAAAGCCGAACGGAAGUGUGCCCUGUAUCAACUUGAUGAUGCAGGCAGAUAAAGAUCCAUUGGGCGAUGUUUCAACUCCAACGCUGCCAACACCGCCAACACCGAAACCCACCAUUGUACAUGUUCUGGGCCGGGACCACACCAAAAGCAAGCCGUCGCCACCAGAAAUGCCCAAACCGGUUAUUGUAAAUGAACCGGAGCUAAUACAGAUUGGAAGCACGCCAACGCCUCCGCUAGAACCAGCAUCAACGGUACCACAAAUUUCUAAACAUCCUUCAGUUGUUGUCCAAAACAAUCCGCAGGGAAAAUUUAUUACUGGUAAAAUUAUUAAUGGUACCUUUAUUACUGACAAAGUUAUUGCUGGUAAAGUCGUCGAUGGCAACGUUAAAAGUAACAAAGCCCUUCCAAACGAACUGCCGAAAAAAAAUGAUAAUCCAUCUUUCCAGCUUCAGAAUCUGCUACUCGAACUUAAGAGUAUGAUCAUUUCGAAUCAGGCCGACAUUAAGCGACAGAUGUGCGAGGGGUUCAAACAGAUGCAACACUCCUUUAUGCUGCUGUUCGAACAACAAAAAUGGGAAUCAGGUUGCCAAAAUCCGGCAUGCGUCGAAAAGAAUCGUUUCCGGUUCGACACAUUAACGACGAUAGAGGACAUGAAACGGUUCGAAGAACAGCUAAAAGAUACCGACUAUCGAACGAAACUACACAGCUGGAUCUUUGUCAAGCUUAAAAUGGAACUGGACGGAAGGAAGCGAAUGGAUACGAUGUUUGGGCUAAUGUUCGAUAAAGCACUGCACACCCAGCUCAAUUGGUCGGGCCAGUUUGGCAAGGAACCGCUACGAUCGUACGUCAACAUAUCGCAGCUAUUCAAGUACAUCGCCACCACUCCGGCACAUCAAGCGAAUUCGGUAGAAGUUGCCACAUUUUUCAAGCAAAAAGUUGAAUGUUUUCCACAGGAAAAUAAAACGAUUACAUCUGUAUCGACAAGUACAAAAGCAGCGGAACCACUAAAGCCUAACACCGUAAAUGUUAUUGCAAACAACACCACAUUGGCAACGGGAGGAAUAGGCGGAAAUCUUUCGGAAACGGACGACACGAUGGACAUAUCGUACGUGGAAUGUAAAACCGUACAGGAUGCAAGCAUGGACAGUAGGGACGAUGGAAGCAAUCACUCCUCGACCGAUAAUCCGGGCACUUCAUCCGGUGGAUCACAGCACAAGCAGGCCAACAGCUUCAUUAGAAGCAUGGAUAAGAUGGAUCGGUUCGAGAAGCAACUGAACGACAAAAAGGUACAGCAACAGGUACACAAAUGGGUCGACAAAACGUUCGGCGGUGAGCCGGAUGUGGAAAAACGGUUGUCAUUACUGCUGAAUCGAUUAAUGGAUAUGAAGGUGUUACAACACUUUAAAUGGCGAAUGCCUGCCUAUGGACAGCGGCGUUUGGUAGAGUAUCCAAACUUUAUUGAACUGUUUGAAUACGCCAGCCGAACGGUGAAUGGGGACAAAAGGGUGCCAAAUACGGAGCUCGUGGCAAACUUUUUCAAAAAGCGUUUUAGAAGGCUAAUGAACAAAGAUAAAACAUGGAACGAUUCGGAGUAA